AAGGUCUUAAGGGUUUUGGACAACAUGAGGUUGAGUAAUUCAUGACAUAAUUUUUCAUUUUGAGUGAACUAUCCCUAUAAACUACGCCCCUCCACAAAAACAAACAAACAAAAAAAAAACUGCAAGAUGAGUGCCCCGCCCACAUUUCACAAGCCAAUCAACAACCAACAGAUAGAACCAACUCCCAUCCUACAUAUAUAUAUUUUUUUUUUCAUUAAUCUGCUACACCCAGAUGUACCUCACAAUAUGAAAGAAAAGAUAUGCCAGUACUUCUGUUUCAUUGGAUCUUUAAAAGCUUAUUAGUAGGUCACUGCAUGUUUAUGAAGUCAUUCAUAAUUACUGAUUUUUUUUGGUGUUAGCACAUGACAGAUCAGCCGUUGCACAACAGUCUGCAGGCCAUGUACAAAACCGUUGAUAAUCACGACUUCAUCCUGGGGGGAGAAAUGAUUAAUCAUGAGUUGUGCUUUCUUAGAAUCGAUUUGUCUUGAUUGCCCAGUCUAAUUCAGGAUGGUGUAUGUGGGGGCGCAGCUGGGCGUAUCGGUGCUAGUCUUAUUCUGCACUAUUGCACCGUCUCCUGGCCAGGCAUAUAUAUAUGCUCAUUACAGUAACAUGACCUCCAUGCUGUUUGAGGAUCUGCCUGCUCUCUUUGGCCCUCCUCUGCCAAAAGAUGGACUCAUGGGUGUACUUGUUGAAGCUCGUCCUCAAAAUGCCUGCACACCUAUAGAUCCUCCUCCGGUUUCUCCCACGCCCUCCGAUCCCAACAGCACUACAAAAUACAUUGUCCUUAUUCGACGCUACGACUGUAACUUUGAUAUCAAGGUGCUCCAUGCACAGCAGGCCGGUUUCAGUGCAGCCAUAGUUCACAACAUGUACUCUAAUUCACUUCUCAGUAUGGGAUACAGCAAUGACACCAUUGCGGAGGAGAUUGAGAUUCCCUCUGUGUUCACAAGCUACUAUGCUUCUCAGAUACUGCGCAGCUUUAUCAUACCAGAGAAAGGAGCUUACGUGAUUCUAAAGCCUGAGUUCUCCUUCCCUCUGACCUACUAUCUCAUCCCCUUCACUGGAGUUGUUGGCAUGAUCAUCAUUGUCAUGGUCAUCAUACUGAUUGUGCGGUGUGUGCAGCACAGGAAGAGACUUCGGAAAAACAGACUCUCCAAAGAACAGCUGAAGAAAAUCCCUACUCACAAGUUUGUUAAAGGCGAUAAUUAUGAUGUGUGUGCGAUCUGCCUUGAUGAAUAUGAAGAGGGAGAUAAGCUGCGAGUGCUGCCCUGUUCCCAUGCUUAUCACUGCAAGUGUGUGGACCCCUGGCUCACCCAAACUAAGAAAACCUGCCCAGUGUGCAAGCAACGCGUGACCCGUCCCAACCCAGAAUACUCCGAGUCUUCAGACUCCGACGGAGAGUCGGGGCCGCACGAGGCUGACGAGGAAGAGGAAGGAGCGACCAGCGAGGCUGAUUCCGAGCGCACGCCUCUCCUUCGGCCCUCCAACCCCGCGUCCCCCGCCUCCUCCAGCCCGCCUCCCACUUACGCCUCCACAGUAACGUCAGAGGCUGCCGUCGCUACAGUAACAACCUCUGCACAGUGUUUGCCGCACGCACCGCAGGCUGACGUGCCCCUGCUGGGAUACGAUGAGUACUACUCACCCAUAGAGGACUCGGAUGAAGGUACUGAUGAGGAGGAGGGUCACCCCUCAGAUAGCGAUACCACAGAGCUUAUCGGACGGGGCGCUGUGCAAGUCUGAGGUGUCAAUUAAAAACCGCUUUGGUUGUUAUAGGGUGUGUUUUCUCUGUUGUAUAUCACAGAGCUCAUAUUUACACCCCUUAUUUUGGCGCACUCCAGUCUCACUGAGAUAUGCAUCCACCUAGCUAGUGCGAUCAACACUACACAGCAUAUGUGCAACUGUUCUCAGUUUCUGACACAAAUACAUUGUAAUCACACAGAUGUAUGUGGUUCACGAAAUCUUUUCUACCCUAAAAUUUGAUCCGUGUCCCAAUAGAAGUUAAAAGUAACUUCUUAAAGCGAAUGAAACUGUUUCUUAACAAAAUAGUCCAUCCAUAAAUAAAUCAGUUAAAUCGCCCUCGUGUCAUUGCAAACCAAUAUGAAUUUCUUUCUUCCAUGAAACACAAAAGAUGCAGUAGCCCAUAUGCAGACUUUCUAGCAAUGUGCUGAUUAGUUGUGCUUGAUUAGGGAGACUUGCAAAAUGCUGUUCUACAAGACAACAACGAAAACAAAAAAAUCCACUGUCAAAGUGUGUGAAGCCUGAAUAUGUGGAAGUACAAAUUAGAUUUUAAAGUUACGUUGCAGAUAGAAAGUGAAUGUUGAUUGUUCACACAAAAAUAAAAAAUCUGUCAUCAAUUACUCACUCUUGUCAUUCAAACCCUCAAGACUUCUAUUAAUCUUCGAACACAAAUUAAGAUAUGUCCAUGAAAAAGACAUCAUAAAAGCAAAACCAGUCAGGAAAUAAAUUGAGUUUAAUCGAAGUCUUCUGAAGAAUCGAGUUGUAUGAUAAGGAGACUUCAUUUAGGCUUUUUCCCAUAUAUCCACAUUUAUCAACACACAUAGAAAACAUCAAAAUAUGGUAAACUCGACUGUACUCGUAUGGCGCAUAUGAACAAACCUCACUGAUAAUUGAGUUUCCUUUGACCAUAUUUUAUAUGUGAAUAAAAGCCUAAAUGAAAAUGAUUGUGUCUCUUAGAAAACUAAACUGGUCAAUUCAUAUGGAUUCCUUUUAUGACCUUUUUAAGAACUUUUUAAGGUCAGUAGACAUUCAAUGGUGGGACAGAAAUAUGUCAAGUUUCAUUAAAGAUAUCUUUAUGAAUGAAAGUCUUAUGGGUUUAGAAUGACAUGAUAGUUAGUAAAUGAUAACAGUUUAAAUUUUUAGUGGAACUAUCCCUUUAAAUUCUGCUUUGCUCCUUGCACAAAGCUGUCAUAUGACUUCACGAGAUGUAGAAUAUAGCACAUUAAUCAUAUGGAUUAAUUUAAUGUUGAUUGAUUGUGAUUUUGGGAGCUUGGUCAGCUUCCUUAUUCUACAAAAUUUCUCCAUUUGUGUUUCACUAAGAAAAAAAAACUGAAACGAUGGUGAGUAAAUAGUAACAGAAUUCUCCAAAUAUUGGGUGGACUAUUUCUUGUUGUCACCAUUUAUGUGCAAUACGGACAGGUUGCCAGUUUGUAAAUUAGUCAUUUUAUUUUAUUUAUACCACAGAGGCCACACAAAAAUGAUUGCAGACUUCUGAAUUAGCGUUUUUGAAAACUAACUUGUUUUAUGUUAUUUUUAGUAAAUACCUGCAUAAAUCAACCUGUUUAAGCGAUCAAACAAUACCAUUCCUACAGGAUUCACAUUCAGUCGUUUUGAGUGUGUUUGGGUUAUUACAACAACAAAAAUAAUAAUCUGUCUUUUUUUUUUUAAUAGGAACCAGUUCCUUGUUCCUCUCUUUCUACAUCAUAUAAUGGCAUUAUUCUCUCUCAUAUUGAUAUACAAAGGUUGCAGUUAAACGUUUUAUUAUUGUUAUUGAUGCAAGCUGUAAAGCUGGAUGGACAAGCAGUCUUAUUCUUUGUUUUAAUAUAGAUAUUUGCAAUAUAAAUGCUAGCUGCUGUUUGAAAUUCAAAUUGACUUUGAUCAUAGCUGACAGUGUAUUGACUUAAUAGCAAUGUUCAUAACCUUUUACUGUCCUGUUCGCAUCUCAGAUGAAUAAGAAACUGUGUUGUCUGUACUAAAUAAACCUGUGCCUCCUUCAGAUUUUCAUUUGUAAAUGUAACACCAUCCAUUUCUUCCUUUAAAUCACUAAUCAGUCAAAUGAA